UCUGGGCAGGGUUUCUUCCCCGAAGCUAAUGGAGAGAGGAGGGGAAUGUGAGCAGUCUUCAAAACAGCUUUUUUGGGUAAAUACUUGAAAAGGGAGGGUCUGUCCCAAAUAGUUUCCACUUCCUUGGCUUUGCUGGGUUGAAUUGUGAAUGGAACUGGGGGGAGGCAGUUUGUAAAGGGGGAGGAUGAGGUCAUGCUUUGAGUAGGAAAAGACUAUAAAAGUUCCUUCCGCAGCAACAGAAGAGCUCACAGUUCCCAGACAGACAAGUGGGAGAAGGACCUGCUUCAACCUUUCCAUGGAUUAUGUUGACCACCUCCCUUGGAAAAGCAAAUAGACUCCCAGCUUAGAAACCAAAACAACCAGGUAGCCACUAGAUGCCCAAGCAGUUGAAGGCAUCUCCUGUUGCGCCACUAGAUCUCACUAGCUUUUGGUGAGUCUGGACCCAGAAGACGAAAUUGUUUCUCAAAACGCAACACUUCUGCGGCCUUAUUGCCUAUUGAUUCUGGAGAUUCUCCUCUGGUACAUCUAGUGCUGACGUCUCCAGCUAUCCAUCAGGAGCCAUGUCCAUCCCAGCGAUGUUCCUGGUUGUGGCUUGGACCUUCUGCCCUCGGGGGUCAUCACCCACCAGCAUUGGACACCCUUUGCCCACUCCCCUCAAAGAAAACCACAUCUUCCCUUCUGCCCCAAGGAGCAACAUCUCAGCAUUGAAUGAAGAGGCGUCUCCGCCUACGCAUCUCGAGAUGCCUCAGGUGUAUCCAGACGAUGACUAUUAUUAUGAUGACAAUCUUCAGACCCAACCUGUACCCAGCAUUCCAUAUGUGCUGCCUCCCCGCUGCAACUACAGCCACUGCCAUCACCUUCAAGUCCCUUGUGCGGAGUUGAGUAAGGCCAGCAGAUGCUUGUGCCCUGGAAUCACAGGGCCGUUAGUGGCCCCGGAGGCCCCCCGCUUGCAAACUAUUCAUGUGAGUGAAGCUGGGGCCAGUUUGCAUUGGUGUGCCCCCUCUUCCACAGUGGAAGCGUAUCAGUUGCAGUACCAACCGGUCGGCGGGGACAUGCACUUUGGGCCUCCCCUCAACAGCACUUUCCGCAUGACGGUUGUUUCGGAUUUGUUGCCAAGUCAGGAAUAUCUAUUCUGCGUUGUGGCUUACAACCUGGUUGGCUCCAGCCCUACAGAUGAUGGUUUCCAGGAGCGUGGACCAUGUCGUCUUGUCUGGACCCCUUCCCGCCAGACAUCAUACACCUACGUAGCUGUCGGUUUGGCUUGCACCCUCAUUGUUGCCGUCAUCUCCGUCUUGGCUUGGUACUUUUGCCACCGCAGGAGGAAAUACUUUCACCACGGAUCAUUGCAUAACAUCCUGGAUGGUGGAGCAGGCAUCACCGGGGCCGCCAACAGCUCUUUCCAAAGCGAGGAGCAGCUAUGAAAGACCACUCAACGACAGUCCUUUUGAUGUUUUCUCGGUCUUGAAACUCAUAAAAAUACCCUAUUCUCAAGGCUGAAUGGUAAAUAUGGCUACUGAAAUCUGCCAUUGAGAUGGUACCUAUUUUGCCUAAGGCAUUUGAUAUUUAUGAUUCCUGUUGUAUACAUGCAGCUGGAACAGGAAAUCUAACAAAGCAGAUAUUUGAUCUGACUCUGAUGCAGCGACUUGUGUUAUUAGAGCCAGAGCAUGAGUGUAUAUCCAGCCUAUGGUCUACUAUAGUAUUAAUAGGGAGCACAUAGAACUCGUAUGACUGUAUGAUUACAUAGUCAUGCAGCCUGUUGUCUGCCUCAGGCUGUACAACACUAUGGAUCACCAACUGAAAUCCCCAUUCCUGCUGACUUUCCCAUCUUGUUCAUCAUCAUAUACUAAAGUAAUCUCCCUUCGCAGCCCUUUCCUGCUCCUAGGACAAGGGUCCUCAAACUAAGGCCUGAGGGCCAGAUACAGACCUCCAAGGUCAUUUACCCGGCCCUCGCUCAGGGUCAACCUAAGUCUGAAACUACUUGAAAGCACACAACAACAACAUCAAUCCUAUCUCUUCAGCCAAAAGCAGGCUCACGCUUCCCAUUGAAAUCUUAAUAUAUAAAAAGCUUCUGGUCGUCAUUAGUAGCCUAAAAACAAACAAACUAUGGGGCCAACUGACAUCAAAUUUGGCCUCCAAACUUCUCAUACGGCAAGGUAUGACCAACAAUUUUAAAAACCCCAAAACCGUGAAAAUAGGUUCAAAUACCUUACCACGCAUGUGCAAAACCUAGUCCCGCACCCUCUUGUGCAAGAGAGGGAAACAGAUAGCCAUCCGUAGCAAAGCAGCUGCCUGUCCCUGCUUCGGGAGCCAAGCUGAGAAGCCAGAACAGCCCAGCAAAGCUGUUCUGAAAAGCAGCCUUAGAGCCUUCUCA